UGACGCUAGUUGAAUCGUCGACGUCGACGGCGACGACUUCUGAUCUCUCGGUCCGUCUAUUCCUGGCAGUAUGCUACUCGCCUCCGUCAGGUUCCUUUCAGACUGACUAGCCACCACCGUUAUCCUGUCCGCGUCCCUUCGUUUUGAACACUUCCAGUGAUUGAAAAAUUGUGAAUCAAAAUGACUCGAAAUUCAACAAAUAUUUCCUAAUUCGACAAUUUUGUCGAAGGAACCGGUGAUCAAAAUUCUAAAUUAUGUUAAUUAAUUUUAAAAAUAAAUUACUCAACAUAGAACAAACAGGUUUUAAUUUAGAAAAAUAAAAGCUGUGUGCAAAUAAAACAGGAACAGGACUUCGGAUUAUGUCAGUGAGUGGAGAAACGUUUCAGACUGAAUUUUCUAAUUAUUUUCCUAACUCUCAAUUAAGAUUAUUCUAUUAUUAAAGUUGAUGGGUGAAUAGUGAUAGGUUGAGAAAUUUCUAGGUGACCGGAAACGGUAAGAUUGAAGUGCUUGUUUAAACAGUCGAGAAUUCCUGUUUCUAAAUCGUGCUUAGAAGAAAAUUGUUCAAUCAUUGGAGGUCCAAGUGUAAAAUGUGUUCCUCGAAGGAUGAAGUGAUGUAGAAGAAAAUCGAAUAUAUUCAGAUUUUCUGUGGAUAUGGAAUGUACGAAACCGUAGUGCGAUGUGGUGUCUGGAUAGAAUUUGAGUGAUAGAAAAAUAGAUAGUGCUUGUGAAUCGAAAAUGGUGAGCACUAAUCCACAAUUGAAGGUGUCCACCCUUAAUCGGGUUAGGAACACCUUCCGUGGAGUACCUAAAGCGGAACUCAAACGCAGGACCGAUACGCUCCUCCAGGCUAUGACGAUUGAGGAGCUCUAUGCUGCUCUAGUUUAUAUGACCCAGCACCAAAUCGGUUACGACGUUUCGAAUGAAUGCGGACAGGAAUCUCUCUUGAAUCAUCUCCAAAAUGCCUUCAAAGUCGACAACGAAACCCACGAAAGGGUUCUGGACGAAACGAAGAACAUGGAGCCACCGGAAAUGCACUUAAACGUCGAAGUGAUCGAAGCGAAGGAACUCGUGUCGAAAGACUCUAACGGGAAAAGCGAUCCUUUCUGUGCGCUUUACCUCGAGUCAGCCCCUACAAGAAGAUACAACACAGCAGUAAAAACAGCCACGCUGAGUCCCGUAUGGGAAGAGCACUUCGAAUUACCCUUAGAAGAUUCAGAGAACGACGUACUUUUUUUGGAAGUAUGGGAUUUCGAUGCUGCUGAGACAGUUCCUGAGAAAAUGAAUAAAGUAAAGGACGUGAAGGGCGUCCGGGGGCUGGUGAAAUUGGCGAAAGAAAUUGCAGUCACGGCAACCACCGGCAGCCACGACAACGAAUUUAUCGGUCGUUGCCGGAUACCUUUAAAGGAUAUUCCCACCACAGGUCACACGAUGUGGUACUCGCUCGAGAAGAAGAACAAAUCGAAACGACGCGGUGUAGUGAAACUGAGGCUGGCGUUCAGUGCUGAACACAAUGCCCAGGUAGCUGCUCAAGAACAUAGACACUUGAUCCGAGUGUUAUUAUUGUACGAAAUAGAAACGGAGAAGAUAGAGAAGUAUUGUUGGUGCGGUCGGUGGUCGGCACCCGCGGAAGUGCUUCUCCUACAGCACAGCGCCCAGCGGGGUUUGCUAGCGAGAGACGUGACCCUGGCUCAAUGGAUAGAAUAUGCGAGGAUUCAUCAAGAGCAUCCGUUAAAUUUCAUCGUGUUCAACAAAUUAGCGACGGACUUGUUGAGGCCUAUGGAAAAUAGCCUCUUCUCAAUGGACGAAACCAGACUCUUCUAUGACGCCACAAAGAAACUGUUGUAUUCGUGUCUAAACAGCAUUCGCAAAAUUAGGAGGCUCACAACUGGUGACAAAAACACUAUGACACAGCUUUCCGCGAUUUUGGGGAUACUGUCGUCCGUUUCGUGCCUUAACAUUCCCGAGGACGUGAACCUAUUCCCAGAAAAGAUGUACCCUUGGUUUCCAGACCCUGACGAGAAGCUAAGCAUUAUGCAAGCCUUAGAAUACACGGUUGAACAGGGUGGUGCCGAAUGGUUCGAUCAUAUAUUGAAUAAUAACUUCCCGGAAAGCGAAUCCGAUGAGGAUGCACUGAAGUUGCACAUCAAAGUGAUACAAUUAAUUAGAGCGGACUUGCAGAGUGCCAUCGAUAAUUACGAUAAAUUAUUUAUAAAACGAAUCAAUUUCCCGUAUGCGAGGUGUCUGUACAUAAUGUAUGAGAAGAGGAUCAGCGACCUGUGCAUGAUCAUUACCGAAGACGUCUGUGGGAGAUUGAAGCGGAUCGAAGCCGAACACGCAGACGUUGAAUUGAAUUUGGGAACGACAUUGUUCGAAAUGUAUUUGGCAUUGCAGAGAUAUGCCACAUUGGGUCAAGUACUCUGCGCAGAGGGUCAGCUCGAGGAUAUGAAAGUGCAAAAUUACCACGAAUGGUUCAAAGCUGGCGUGGCACAUUGGCUUGACAUAGCGGUGUACAAAGCGUUAAAACGAAUCGACAGAGCCGUGGAAUUCGACACACUGCAAGCAGUCGACAAUACCGUCCAGUACAGCUCGAGCGCUGUGGACACGUUAACGAUAUUCUACCAAAUCAAAGUCUUCUGGACGCAGCUCGCCUGGCCCGACGUCGAGGGCUCUUACACUUUCGUUGCCAAAAUUAUAGACGACAUAUGCAAGUGUUCAAUUGCGUACGCGGACAAAAUGGCCAAGAAGGCAGAAUUGACGACAGAACUGGAGCAACUGUCCGAAAGCAGCGUGUACGAGAAGAGGUUUUACGUUUCCACAGCUUGGUGUUUCGCGAUCAACAAUAUCGACUACAUCAGAACAUCGAUCGAGCCUCUGGCCAACGAUUUAGGGUUCCAGGAAAUUGUAGACGCUCUAGCAGAGAAGAAGACUCAAGAAGACGCUGACAGGUGCCAACAAACGCUGCAGUUGAUUAUCAUCAACGCUACGGAUACUGUUAAGAACAAAAUAAUAGAACUCUUGCAAGUGGUGGCGAAUAAAAUGGCUCCUGCAAUGAACAGAUUUCUUAUGGAGGGUGCAGAAUUGAUAGACACGACCAGCAAUUCCAUGGAUCGUCUUUUGCAAUAUUUAGAUAGCAAUUUGUCGACCCUGCACGACAAUCUCAACGAAGAUAAUUUCGAGAGAAUCUUGCUCGUAAUUUGGGACAUUAUAUCAGACACGUUGUACCAAUUAGUGCAUUCUAAUCUAGAGAAAAGGAGACCACCGUCUUUUUACUCGAAUCUUCAUCGCACGUUGCACACCCUUAUUCGUUAUUUUAAUAUUGGAGCCGACGAGGUCGCGAACGUGAAAGUUUUGGAAAAGAUCGAGUAUCUCUUGGAGCUCCACGGUUUAGAAACUGCCGAUUUGAUUCAUCGUUAUCACCACGAGCGGAUAAAGGAGCAGAACGAACUAGAAGAAUCGGAAUACGGACAGAUCACCGUCAGAGCGCAGUUCGUCGAUACUUCUUUGAACAUUCAAAUAUUGAACGCGAGGAAACUGCGGCCGGUCGACAGCAAUGGCAAGGUCUCUACUUUCAAGCGCAAGCUUCAUACAAAAUCUAAACAAAGACUGAAAGAAUGGAAGACAAGCACAUGUGACUCUUACGUAAAGGUGAAGCUGCUUCCGGAAGAAAAGUUCGCCGACAUGAAAUUACCUAAAACGCACGUGCAGAAGGAAAACUUGUAUCCCCUGUUCGAUGAAAUUUUCACCAUUCCUCUAACGAGCGAGCAGAGAGCGACCGAAAAUGCGAUUGUAGUCUUCGAGCUGAAAGAUAAGGAUUUCCUUAGAUCCAGAUUCAUGGCAGAAGCUUUCCUGCCGUUCAGUGAUAUUCCUGAAACGGGACCAGAUCGUGCGAUUGAAUCUCUCGAUCAGAUUCAUCUGAAACUUUCACGUCCAACAAAGAACAGUACAGACAUAAUUCAAGCGAUACAACAAAGGAAAGGGGACAAUCAGGCUAUGGAAUUUUUAUCGAAGCUUAAUUCUAAGGCCGAGAAGAAAUAAAUUCUUAUUAUCACUGGUACCACUGGAUAGUGGAUUGGAAUGAUCAGCUCGUUACAUACUCGAAUGUCACUAAUACAUAUUGCGGUUCACUUUAUAUAGACACCAUUUUAUCACUUAUACGUUAUCAUUCUCAAAGCGAAAAGUUCAGCCGCGAAUUCCAUUACUUCCUUUCUUUGGUGAAGAAUCGUGUAAAAUAAAAAUGCCAGCAUCAUUUAUAUUCGAAAUAUUCUCAAGGGAAGUAUUUAGUUAUUUGUAUAAGACUAAGUGACACUCUUAAUUAUAUUAAAAAUCCACUAUCCAGUGUUCUAUAGAAAUCGGUGAUUAUCCUCCAUUGCCGAUUUAGAAAGACGAUUUAAAUGGCAAUGGAACAUCCUUCCGAAUACAGGAUGGUACUAUUAGAAAGACGACAUUAAUUAACUCAUCUACUCUAGAAUUUCAUAUACAAUUACACAGGCUUUGAUCAUCAAGACGCAGUUUUACAGGACAUUAUUACUUUUUAAAUAAUUUAUUAGCAACAAACGAUUAAUCUGAUUUACCUUCAUCUGCCCACAUUGAACCAUCGUAUUUAUGAAGGGGAAAUUAAACUGUGCAAAGAAUGUUGUUGAAUCCAAAAACAUUUUUUAAACGGCUAGAAACCGUCUUGAGGCUGUGCAUCGCUUCGUACAACGAACAUUAAAUAUCGUUUUUCUUUGCAUAAUAUCGAAUGUCGCAUUUUAAUAGUAGGAACACUAUAAGGCUGAAUAAGUGCUACUUAGGAGUAACAUAUGUAUGUAUAGGUAUUUAUCGUUAAGUCUACGGUGCAUGUUCUUGAAAUGAAAAUCGUGUAAUAGCAAGGUCCAACGAGGAAAGAGUUUGUAUAAUAUUUGUAUAAAAAACACUAAUAUAUAUAAAUAGAACGUGUGUACGUUUCAUACGUGAAAUCAUGAA